AGUGCAUAUACGAGGAAUUUAUAAUCUUUAUAUUCACAAUUUCACAAACACUGUGUAACAAAAAAAUACCAACACACGCACCCACCACCCAACCUUCAGUUUCUCAGCAACUUCGCUUUAACCCGUGACGGAAAAACUCAAAAAGCAGCGUAAAUCAAAAUCCUUGGAAUCCCUUUUGAUUCCCUCACUUCAGUUUUCACCUUAUUCAUCUCAAAGAUUUCUCCUUUCUCUCCUUUCCUCUCUCUUUCGCCUUCUGGGUGUUUUCAAAACGCGCUUAAAACCGUGAUGGGUGCCGUCGUCGAGUGUUACCCACAGCCGCGCACGGCGGUGCUGUCCCUGAACACCUUGCCGUUAGGGUUCCGUUUCCGUCCCACCGAUGAGGAGCUUAUUGACUACUACCUCCGCUCGAAGAUCAACGGAAAUGGUGAUGAUGUUUGGGUUAUUCGUGAGAUUGAUGUCUGCAAAUGGGAGCCUUGGGACUUGCCUGAUUUGUCAGUGGUACGGAACAAGGAUCCAGAGUGGUUCUUCUUCUGUCCGCAGGACCGGAAGUAUCCGAACGGGCACAGGUUGAACCGAGCUACGAGUCAUGGCUAUUGGAAGGCAACGGGAAAGGAUCGGAGGAUUAAGUCUGGCUCCACCUUGAUUGGAAUGAAGAAGACUCUUGUUUUCUAUACCGGUCGUGCUCCCAAGGGGAAGAGGACCAAUUGGGUUAUGCAUGAGUACAGGCCUACGCUGAAGGAGCUUGAUGGUACCAAUCCUGGACAGAAUCCAUAUGUCCUUUGUCGAUUAUUUAAGAAACAAGAUGAGAGUCUUGAAGCUUCAAACGGUGAUGAUGUGGAUCGGACUGCUUCAACUCCUAUGACUGCCAAUUACUCUCCAGACGAAAUACAAUCUGAUUCAGCUCUGGUUCCAGCAUCUUCCUCACAGGUUACUGAAGAUGAUAAGCCUCUACCAGUUAUUUCUGAGAACUCUGAGGAAGCAAUAUCCAACAUUAUAACCCCUGGUGAGAUUCAUAGUGACGGAUGUAAUGCUCCUGAUGCACAAGAUCAAAUUGUAGAACCAGUUGCAGAGGAGGAUCAGCCGUUGAACGUGGACAUAUUUUAUGACCCAACAAAUCUGCCAUUAGACGACAAAUUAUUCUCCCCUGUCCAUGCACAUUUCCCAACAGAUUUUUAUUAUCAAGCUAACAAUCAAUCAGAACUUCAGUAUGGUACAAAUGAGAAUAUUUCAGAAUUUUUUGACUCGGUUGUUAAUUGGGAUGCGUUCUCUCAUGAUACUAGCAGUCUAGAUCUGAGCUCAUCCUUCCUUAUUAAUAAUACGGACAAUGGAUCAGGCAGUGACUCGGAUGUUGAAAUGACCAAUAUGCCACAUCUGCAAGCAUUACAUAAUUAUCCUAAGGAGGCAGUUGAGCAGAAGAGCAAUGUGGGAUUAUUUCAGAACAAUUUCCAGAUGGCGUUGUCAAAUGAUAGUACUAUGGGCCAAGUGCACAAUAUGGUCAACUAUUGCGAGCAACCAAGAAACUUUGAUGCAUUUGUUAGUGCUGAUACUGGAAUCAGAAUAAGGACUCGUCCAGGAAGAAAUGAACAGCCAAACAUGGACACGAUGGUACAAUCACAAGGUAUUGCACCAAGGAGAAUACGAUUGGGAGUUGUUAGGCGUCCGCUUGGUUCCCAGGAUGGGAGUUGUGCUUGUGCCCCAGAAGACCAUAAUUCAAAAACCAUCAUUACUGCAGAGAAAAAAGCUUCAGAAUCAGAAAACCAUGCUGCCGAUGGGAGUUCCACUGUUUCUGACAUGAGUUCCACUGUUACAGAUGAUGUGGAUGAACCAGAGGAGGCAUCUCCCGAGUCAACCGACCUAAGAAACAUUAGUGAGAAACAUGUUGCAACUGCAGAAUCCGUCGCAGGGUCGAAAGUCCUUCUAGUGAACAGAAGGGUCCACUACACCUCAAAGGUUUCCUCUAACCGUGCCACGUGGUCUAAUGUUCUCGCAGUUUCUGCCGCUGUAUUGGUCUCAGCAAUACUCCUUGUUAAUAUAUGGGCAUAUGUCAGAUCUUAAACUGCUUACAUGUAGUGGAAGAUCAUUUCUUUUGUGCGAAAUUUGCCUCCAUUGCUUUUUUGCCCGGUUAAGGAGGCGUGUAGGAUUGACUUGUUCUGACUUGUUGAUAACAAUGUUGUACAAUAUAUAUGUGCAUAUGUAUGUAGUAGUCAUUCCACAAUAUGGUAGCAUAGCUGUCUAGUAUGAUAGACACGUCUGUGUCGUGUUGCCGCAGUUAGAUUCACAGUUUGACCGUAUCCAUUUUUGUUUUGAGGUUAAGUUUAGUUUUCUCUCUUGGUUAGUGAUAAUAACACGCAGUUACCCUGUGAUUUUGAGUGUCACUUUACCACUUGUGCUUUGUUCCCAUGUGGUUUUGUUGUAUCUCUUUUUAGCUAUGUUAACUUGGGAAGGAGGAUUUUGUGUAGCUUUUGUUAAACUGUAGAUAAAGUAUUAAAGAAGCACAUAGUUUGUUGA